CUUCAGACCCGCUCCAGGCCACACCAUGUAUCGUGCCACGAUGCCCCUGAGCGCGUUCCUGAUCGUGUGUGGGCUAGCCACGGUGCACUGCUGGGGCGGACUGUUCAACCGCUUCAGCUCUGACAUGUUGGCUAACUUGGGGUACGGACGCGGGCCGUACCGCCACUAUGCCUAUGGCCAGGACGUGCCCCCAGAGGAGGCCUACGCUGAGGCCCUCGAGGGUAAUCGCAUUGACGACGUACUGGAUGAGCCGGCGCACUGCUACAGCGCGCCGUGCUCCACCAACGGCGAGUGCUGCCGAGGCCUCAUGUGCCUCGAGACAGAGGAUGGCGGGCGCUGCCUCCCCGCAUUCGCCGGUCGCAAGCUCGGCGAGAUCUGCAAUCGAGAGAACCAGUGUGAGGCGGGGCUAGUGUGCGAGGAGGUCGUCCCAGGUGAGAUGCACGUGUGCCGUCCACCAACUUCGGGCCGCAAGCAAUACAAUGAGGACUGUAACGCGUCAAGCGAGUGCGACAUCACACGGGGACUGUGCUGCGUCAUGCAACGGCGACACCGUCAGAAGGCGCGCAAGAGUUGCGGCUACUUCAAAGAGCCCCUCGUCUGCAUCGGACCAGUAGCCACCGACCAGAUCCGCGAAUUUGUGCAGCACACCGCCGGCGAGAAGCGCAUCGGCGUCUACAGACUGCACUAAACGCCUCAGUCUCGUGGAGUACGCAGCCAAUCCAAUUUGAUACUUACAGCUCGGUGAUAAACUUUAAUUUGCUGUCAGCUAUCUUAUAGUAAGAGACCAUCACGCACCCAUUGCGUACACCCAUCGCGCAUAGCACCCAUUGCGUGCUCGUUGCAUACGAUUUCUACCUGGGAGCCAUUAUACGUCUACAAAGUUGAAACUACUUAUAGUUGAUACGUUGAAAUUCCGAUGGCGCGAUUUGGGAUUUGUAUUGAGCAAAACAGUUACAUCUAUCGAUUAAUCUUGGAACUAAAACAUGAAAUGUAACAAGCGCCACUGAAAGUGUAAUUCAAUCUAGUUUGAAAUUGGCUCUAAUUUUAGUGAUUUUGAUUAGAAAUUAAAGUACAAAGUGGAGUUGAAGUUUCAAUUGGAUUGGAUGUUUUUUUUUUUGGUUAGGAAUAAUGGUAAUCUAAAAUAUUUUAAACAUGACCGAAAGAAAUUUGUUAGAAAAGCAAUCGUACCUAAAGGAAAACGCGGGAUAUAAUAAGAAUAAGGAAUAAAAGAAUUUUAUUAUUAUUUUAUUUUUUAUAGGCUGGGACUUUCUACUGCGUACUUCACGACACACAAAUUGUGAAUUUUAUGUUAAAAUUUUGAAGAUGAACAAAUUUUAAGAGUUGUCUGUAAUUUUGACCCGAUUUUCGAACGACUCUUAAGAUUUUCGUUCGUAAUUUUUGAAAUAACGAGCAUUAACAAAGACUACAAUGUUCGAAAUUUGAAACAAUUCAACCCUAUUGUAAAAAGAAGGGUUAUCUUAUAAUGAGCGUUAUUACAACAUUCGAUUGAUUAAAAACAAAUGAAAUAAAAGCUUUCCAAAAUGGCCGCCGAUUUAGCAUCUUUUUAUUUAUUUUCGAAGCUUAGAGAAAAAAAUAUAAAAAGAGGUAGUGAGUGAGAUAUAUCAAAAUAAAAUUUUAGUUUAUACAUGUGUAGAAUUAGAUUAAAUUAUUGAAUGUUUAAUAUUCUAUUCUUAUGAAUGUCAUAAUUGCGUCUUUAGAUUUUCAUGUUUAAAAUUACUGUUACAUUUUAAAAUUAGAUAUAAAACUAAAUUAAGUCUUCAACGAUUGAAACAUAUACAUAUCCUACUGGCUGAGGCAUUUAUAUCUGAUAGUAAUAAUAUUGAUGUUAUAAUAUAAAAUACAUAUCAUAUAAAAUAUCUAAAAUAAGCUGCUCUUUAGAGUAAAUGUAAAAUAAACAUUUUUUUCGCUUAUUUUUACUAAUACCUAACUUAUAUCAUACUAUGCUAGGUGCCUAGGUAAUACAUAUCAAUAUUUGUUUUUAAUAUAAUAAAAUUAGGUAAUAAUCACAUUUUAAAACAUAUCACGUUUUUUGAGUCCGUUAGUAGCCUAAGACUAUAAAAUGGUGUCUAUUUUCAGAUAUUGUUGAAAUUUGAAAUGAACAAAUAUUUUUCUGCCAAACUUCUAGUUGCUGUUGAAGAUAUUAAAUAUCUUUUUUUCGACCAUUUUAUUUUUAUAAAAAAUAAUCUGGUUUGACUGGCCUAGUCACUGCGUGACGCACCCAUCGUGCAUCGCACCCAUCGGUGGGUGCACCCAUUUUGCGUGGCACACCAUCGCUCGGUGCACCCAUUGCGUUUCGCAGCCAUCGCGCAACGCACCCGUUGCGAACACCCAUCGCGCAUAGCACCCAUUGCGUGCUCGUUGCAUAAGUAAUUCGUUAAGAUACUCUGUUGAACUGUAUUUAUGAUAACUUGUGUAUUAAAUAUAUUAAUUAUGUGUUAAUUAUAUAAAUUAUGUCAG